AUGGCUGAUCUUCCCGCUCUCAUCCUGGGUGCCUUGUGCGCUUUCGGAGGAACUAUGGGAUACAUUCGCACAGGCUCUGUUCCGUCCGUCGUUGCCGGUGUGGGCGUUGGCGCUCUUUACGGAUACGGAGGGCUUCGCAUCAAGAACGGACAGCCUUACGGUAUCGAGACAGCUUUACUUGCUUCGUUAAUCUUAGGAGCUUCCAGCCUUCCCAGGGCCAUCAAGACUGGCAAGCCUCUUCCAAUUGGAUUGAGCGUGCUGGCUACUUAUGGACUAUUUUAUUAUGGCCUGAAAUACAGACAGGUCAACUAG